AUGGAGGACGACACAAGCCGCACAGCCGCGGAGGUCGAGCCGCGCGUCUCUGCGGGCGCCGCGGGAGAAGCGGCGGACGUCAAGACGGGAAAGGGCGCGCUGCCGUCGGCGCGCGAGGUGACGAAGCUUGACCAGCAGAAGACACUCGUGCUGGAGCGGGCGCGGCGAGAGGAGAGCCAGACUCAGGAGGAAGAGGCCGCCAUGGAGGAGUGCUACGAUGACAUGCUCCAGGAAGCAGAAAAACUGAAGGCGGAGGGAAACACACACUUCAAAAACCAGCUCUUCCACCUUGCAGUCGAAAAAUACACCGCGGCCAUCGACCUCCUCUGCGACAACACGCUCACCGCCGACGCGAAACAGGCACUCCAGGUGCUCCUCUGCAACCGAGCCUUCUGCCAAAUCAAACUCGAGAACUACGGCUCUGCUGUGGUUGACGCGGAGCGCGUGAUUCAGAUGAAUCCGCUCUUUGCGAAGGCGUACUACAGACGCGGCUGCGCGUACUGCUGUCUCUCUCGCUAUAAGAAGGCGCAGAAAGAUUUCGAGCGGGUGAUUGCUUUGUCGGCGAGUCCUGAUCCGAGUGCAAUAAGUCGUUUGAACGAGUGCAAGAAACAGAUUCGUCUGGAGGCUUUCGCGGCGGCAAUUGAGACGGAGAAGACGAUGCGCGCGUCGGAAGCGGUGCGGAAGGAAGGCGUCGAGUCUCUCUUCCCGGUGGAGAAGAGCUACGACGGCCCCGUGUACAGCUCGAAGGAAGAACCGAGCAGCGCGGGGGGGGCGGACCUUUCAGAGUUCGUCGCGUCUCUGAAGGAGUACCUGAAGGACACUGGGAAGCGCCUGCACAAGCAGUUCGCCUACCGCAUUGUGUUGGACGUGAUCUCGAUGCUGAGCAAGCUGCAGAGCCUCGAGCGCAUCACUAUUCCCGAAGACGAGCGCAUCACAGUUUGUGGGGAUAUCCACGGACAGUACUACGACUUGUGCAACAUUUUCGACAUCAACGGGAUGCCGUCGAAAGACAACCCGUACCUCUUCAACGGCGACUUCGUCGACCGCGGAUCUUUUUCCGUCGAGUGCAUCUUGCUUCUCUACGCCGCGAAGCUGGCCUACCCGCAACACUUCCACCUGACGCGAGGCAACCAUGAAACCUUCGAGAUGAACAGACUCUACGGCUUCCGCGGAGAGGUCAUCGCCAAGUAUGAUGAGCGCCUCUACAAUCUGUUCUGCGAGUCUUUCCGCCUCCUGCCUCUGGCGUUUGUGCUGAACGAUGCCGUCUUUGUCGUCCACGGAGGUUUGCUCAGCAGCGACAACAUCACUCUCGACGACAUCCAAAAGAUCGACCGAGACCGCGAGCCCCCUGAUGGAGGUUUGAUGACAGAUCUGCUGUGGUCUGACCCGUCGCCCGUGCCUGGGCGCUCGCCGUCGAAGCGCGGCGUCGCCUGCCAGUUCGGCCCCGACGUGACAGCGGCGUUUUUGAAGCAGAACAACUUGAAGUUGGUCAUCCGCUCCCACGAGAUGAAGGAUGAGGGCUACGAAGUCUGCCACGGCGGACAGCUGGUGACUGUCUUUAGCGCGCCGAACUACUGCGACCAGAUGAAAAACAAGGGGGCUUUCAUCAAGCUCGAUGGCAAGACACUAACCCCCCAGUACACACAGUUCGACGCCGUACCGCAUCCCGCUACGCGGCCGAUGCAGUAUGCCAACCCGAUGCUCAGCUUCAUGUGA